UCCGCGUGUGGCAGCGAUGGCGUGACGUAAUGUCCAGCCUUGCGGAGAGAGCGCAACAAACAUGGCGACAGAGCGGAGCGGGCAGGGGUGUCUUCUAACUUUCAUCGUGUUCCUCUGGAGCUCUGUAGGCGGGCGAACUGAGACGUCGAGCUCCAGUUCCGGCAGUCAGAUCCUGGGCAUGCGGCUGGAGAGGAGCGACAAAGCGGCCAGCACGACAGAGGACGGACUCAUCCAGGUAACGGAGGAGAGCAACGUCCUGCUCCGGUUUUAUGGGGUGCACCUGAGUCCGAACGCAGCAUCUCGCAUUAGGUUCAUGGAGUAUGUGUAUACGGGGGACAGUGACGCGUUAAAUAGGACUUGUGAGGAUUUCACCAAAGACAUGAGCAUCGGCACCUAUAUGAACGUGAGCAAUAGGGGUACAUCAGGUGUGGUGAGUGUAUAUAUAAAGCCAAUGCGUAAGAGUGAACGAGAGAAGACCUACAGCCUGUGUGUCAGGCAGUAUUUGGGAGAUAAAUGGCUCCAGUUGGGUGAUAAUGAUGGUAGAUUGGUAGUCGUAGAGGAGAAAACAUCUCUUUUACCUCUUUGGUUUCAAGUCAUCCUGGUGUCAAGCUUGUUGGCAUUGUCCGGCAUGUUCAGUGGACUCAACCUGGGGCUCAUGGCAUUGGAUCCAAUGGAGCUUCGCAUUGUGCAAAGUUGUGGCACUAAUAAGGAGAAGAAGUAUGCACGGAAAAUCGAACCCAUUCGAAGUAAGGGCAACUAUCUGCUUUGCUCUUUAUUGUUGGGUAAUGUGCUGGUCAACACAACUUUGACGAUCCUACUGGAUGAUUUGAUUGGGUCAGGGUUGGGAGCUGUGGUGGCAUCUACAGUUGGCAUUGUCAUAUUUGGUGAAAUCGUGCCACAAGCGCUCUGCUCGCGCCACGGCUUGGCCGUCGGCGCAAACACCAUCGUGCUGACCAAAUUUUUCAUGCUACUGACCUUCCCGUUGUCAUUCCCCAUCAGUAAGCUCUUGGAUUACAUCCUCGGGCAGGAAAUCGGCACCGUCUACAACCGUGAGAAGCUAGUAGGGAUGUUAAAGGUCACAGAGCCCUACAACGACCUGGUCAAAGAAGAGCUGAACAUCAUUCAAGGCGCUCUCGAACUCAGAACCAAGACGGUUGAGGAUGUGAUGACACCACUGAGCAACUGCUUCAUGAUUCACAUUGACGCCGUGCUCGACUUCAACACCAUGUCGGAGAUCAUGGAAAGUGGCUACACGCGGAUACCUGUGUACGACUGUGAGCGCUCCAACAUUGUUGACAUCCUGUACGUCAAAGACCUGGCCUUCGUUGACCCGGACGACUGCACGACGCUUAAAACGGUCACCAAGUUCUACAACCACCCGGUGCAUUUUGUCUUCCACGACACUAAGCUGGAUGCCAUGUUGGAGGAGUUUAAAAAAGGUAAAUCCCACCUGGCCAUCGUUCAGAAGGUGAAUAAUGAGGGUGAAGGAGAUCCGUUCUACGAGGUUCUGGGGCUGGUCACGCUGGAGGACGUUAUUGAGGAAAUCAUCAAAUCCGAGAUCUUGGACGAGUCUGAUCUCUACACUGACAAUCGUAACAAAAAGAAAGUGGAUCCCAACAAGAACAAGAGGGACUUUUCUGCUUUCAAACAGAACGAAUCCAAAGUCAAGAUAUCCCAGCAGCUAAUGCUAGCAGCACAUCGUUUCCUCGCUACUGAGGUGAGCAUUUUCAGUCCACUCCAGAUCAAAGACAAGGUCUUACUGCGAAUCCUCAAGCACCCGGAUGUCAUUCAAGAGAUCAAGUUCAACGAGAACGACAAGCGCUCGCAACAGCACUAUUUAUAUCAGCGUGGAAAACCUGUCGACUUUUUCAUCCUCAUCCUUCAGGGUCGGGUAGAAGUUGAGGCUGGAAAUGAGAAUAUGAAGUUUGAGGCCGGUCCUUUCUCGUAUUACGGAGUCAUGGCACUGACUUCACCAUGCCUAGCUGUCACCCCCCCUCUCUCUCCCUCCGUGGUGUCGCCUCGUCCGCGCCGCCUUUCGCUUAAGAGGUUUUCUCUGUUCUCGCGUUUCCCAGGCGUGCCACAACAUGAACUGACGGAUUUCAUGUGCAUUCCAGAGUUUCGCUCCCCGUCUCAUUUGAGCGGUUUGAACCGCUCUGCGUCUCUGAGUUGCACUGAGAGGGUCGAUUCUGUGUCCAUCGGCGGCAGUAACAGUCAGCUCAAUAACAGCCCCGCGGCACAGUACGUCCCUGAUUUUAAUGUGCGGGCCCUCACUGACCUACAGUUUGUAAAGGUCACUCGUUCGCAGUACCAAAACGGCCUCCUGGCUUCAAAGCUGGACAGCACCCCUCAGUCCCCUCAGAGCAGCCAUACGCGACUGGAUACCGGCCCUCUUCCGCCUCUUCCGCUUCCCACCCCUCCCAUCAGCACAAACAACACCGCAGCGCCGACGGCUCCCAGAGAGAAUGGGCCGGAUGAGACCACCUCGCUGCUCAACGACAAGAACAGCCUGUCCAAAUGGCAGCCAAACCACCCCCAUCCUCAAAACCAGUCACACCUGAACACCAAUGUCAACUCCAACUCCAGCCCCACCCCUCAUCCCCACGGCAACAGCAGCCCGACGCCCUUCCCUCACGCGCACCAUGUGCACAUGUUCACGCACGCGCACACCGAGAGCACCAUUUGACGACACUAAUCUGGGGCUCUGACGCCUUGCGGAGCUCCAGAGUUGACCGAAUGCAUCUACGGCCUCGAUUCGAGAGGCCAAAGGUGUCCUAAAGAACUCCAAAAAAAGGUGCAUUGUUGGACGUGAUCUCACUGUGAUUUUAGGGGCUGCGGGUUCGGCCCGACGUCGAGGUGUUUAUGACAAGUUAUGGUGACUUAUUACCUGUAUUGCAUGCUAAUCAUAUAGACAUGUAAUCACGUAGACACUAUCUCAAUGUUUUCGGUAAAUUAUGUUCAUGCGACAAAUAUGCCCAUUUAUAAGGCAUUAUACAAUAUUUCUUCAGUAUAUAACAGAGUUAUUGUACGAAAUGCACUUUUUAUAAUGUCUCUGACACGGCAGCAUACAUUUGUGUGCUGUAGUUUUCUGAGAUUUUGAAGCAUAAGAGCACUUUGAGCCUCAUAAGCUAUUAUUGGACUGUUUGUGUACAGCUAACCUUUUAGCACAAACAAUAAUCCUUUCAAAGAGACUGGUCUGGUUUAUUUGGUUAUUUGCCAGGGUUAUUUGGUACGUGUGGCUAUGUGAUGUAGCUGUGAUGAAAUUGUAGCUCUGCGUGACGAACGUGAAGGGAAACUUUGUAAAUAUAGUUUGGAGACGUGAAAUUUGCUGACGCAGACGUGGUUUGGAGAACCUUACGUGCUCAGUAUGUACUCAAAACUGUGAGAAAUUUGUAGCAAAAAAAAAACAUUGAGCAUUGACCCAUGCAAAACCCAGACCUGAUAUAUGAAACUAAAAUUAUGAUAAAAUAUUUUAUUUAAAGAUUAAUGUAUUUAUCUUUCAUCUAAUUUUGUGUAAUUUUUUUUUUUUUUUUUUUUGGACAUAAUUGUAAUUCAUCCCCUGGAUGAAUCUCACAAGAGUUAUAUUUCACAACAACAUUUUAUUCGACAAAAUAAAGCCUAUAUACACCAUUAA